AGUAGGAGAACAACGAAAAUUGAAGUAAUUUUGUGUAUUGUAUAUGAGUUCAUGUAAUAAUACAAAGAUUACAUUAAAUGGACAACAUAUAUCAGGGUUAUAUGUUUUGAUUUCUUUAGCAAUUCAUUGAACAUUUGGAAGCAAUGGUUUCCACAGGUUUUAGUCAAAAAAAAGAAGAUUUAAAUUUAGAUGUUGCGCAAAAUCUAAUAAAUUUCAUGACAGAGGCGACAAGCAAAAUAAAACAUAUACUAAAUGAAUGUCCGCAUUAUACUAACGGAAAACAACCUAAUGGAUCACUAUCUUGCAAAUUUAACACAACUAAUCUUGAUGACCCAUCUAUAAUAGAAAAUAAAUGUUUGUCUUCUAAAAAUAGAAAACGAAAUAUAUCCUGCUUCACCUCCUUAGACAGCGUGAAGAAGACUCGUUAUAUCGUUCCCCUCAAAAGAGCGAACUUGUUUAAAAAUGAAAUUAAAAUGAAGAAACUAAAAGUAGAGUAUUGCGCAACUUCUUGCAAUUCCUCGCAAUUACACGCAGUUCAUUCAAAAAAUGUAUUCUCGCAAUACUUUAAAAAGUUGAAAAAAGAUUUUUCAAAUUCUUCUUUGUAUGAACAACCAAAAUCUGUAAAAGCUGCCGAUUCGAGUUCCAAUACUAAAUUACAGAACUAUGAACAUUCUACUAAAUUACAGAAUUAUGAAAUACUAAACGAAAAUACUUUCUUUGCAAGUAAAUCGAAAACAUUGCCUUAUUUUCCUCAGGAGUUAAAAUCAAAUGAAAUAAAUUUUGAUGAAAUAACCGACUCUAUUUUAUUGACUGAUAUUAUACCACAAAAUGAACUUCAAAAAUAUUUAUUUUAAAUUAAAAAAAAAUAUUUUUAUUGAG